AUGCAAGGAAAAUGGACAGGGGUAUCGGAGAAUUCCAUCGCCGGAUUAACGUGGCUGGCGGACCAGCCAGUUGGUGUGAAGCAGCAGAAUUUCCUCAAUACUUUACCUUUUGAUCUUGGCAACGCCAUACUCACAGGUUGGCUGGGGAAAACGUCGGGCACAGUUGGUGCAAGGGUGAGUCAAGGAGCUUGUGUGGUGGCUUUGCUAUUGACAAAUAAUGCGGAGGGCGGGCUCCGCGUGGAAGAAACUUGUCGCGAUGUGAAGGUCACAGAUGCCAACCUUCACGCCCCUGAUAGUGAGGCAUCAGGCGCAGGAGGGAGUUCCACAAAUCACGGUAUCGGAGAAGACGUCUGGAAUACCAUUUCGAGCCCAGUGGUUUGGGCCGACCUAUUCGCAGGAUGCGCCAAUCUACCAUUUCCAACCUAUAACAGUUUGCUUGGGUCGUCGGGGCUAGACACAGCCCAGCCGAAGACCCUGCCAGGUUGUAACAAAUAG